UUGUUAUCAUAUAUGCUUCAGUGUACAGUGUCUACUCCCAAAAUACAGACGUUUUGAACAUACGCAUUAUCGGUUACAAGUUGAAUGCAAAAUGAAUACGCGAGUGAAUUUUGCACGAUAUUUAUUAAUAACAUGUGUUAUAAUGACUGGUGUUCAGACUUUAAAUAUACUCGGAGUGUUUCCGUAUGAAGGAAAAAGUCAUUUCUUCGUAUUCCAUUCUUAUUUGCAAGAAUUAGCAAGGAGAGGUCACAACGUUACAGUUAUAUCACACUUUCCUCAAAAAAAUCCUUCUCCUAACUACCACGACAUUAGUUUAGCAGGAACUUCUAGAGUUUUCGAAGAUAUGAUCCCUUUCGAAAGGUCCUAUUUUGUAAUUUUAAAAAUAGGCUUUUUUAUUGUUGAUAUCGGCACAGAGAAUUGUCGAAAGUUAUUAGGACAUCCAGAAGUGCAGCAGCUGUGGAAAACUAAAGCGAAGUUUGAUGUAGUGGUUGUGGAACAGUUUAACAGUGACUGUGGUUUGGGCCUGGCCCACCAACUCGGGGCUCCAGUAGUCGGCAUCAAUUCCCACGUACUCAUGCCAUUUCAUUAUUCGCGAUUUGGUAUCCCUUACAACCCCUCUUUUGUGCCUUUCCAAUUUUUUAAUGGUGGAACGAAACCCACUCUAUAUGAAAGGAUAGAGAGCAAUAUAUUUCAUGCGUAUUUCAACAUAAUCUUCAAAUACUGGAGCCAAAAUGUCAACCAGAGGACGCUAGCACAAUAUUUUGAUGAUGUUCCACCUUUGGACGAAUUAGCAAAGGAUAUAAAAAUUAUGUUAUUGUAUCAUAACUUUAUCCUGUAUGGAUCUACAAUAUUAUCCUCAAAUGUAAAAGAAGUGGGAGGAUAUCACGUAGCCGCACCAAAGGAAUUACCCGCUGACAUUAAAAAAUUCAUUGAAGAAUCGGAACAUGGUGUUAUUUACAUUAGUUUUGGCUCCAUGCUGAAAGCAUCUACAACACCGCGAGACAAAGUAGAAGCUAUUAUCAGUGCAGUUUCUGAAUUGCCACAAAGAGUCAUAUGGAAAUGGGACGAAAAGACACUGCCAGGCAUACCAAAGAAUAUACUUGUAUCUAAAUGGCUACCACAAAACGAUAUUCUUGCGCAUCCAAAAGUAUUGGCGUUCUUCUCGCACUGCGGGUUAUUAGGAACAACAGAGGCUAUUUACCAUGGAGUUCCAGUGGUCGGAAUGCCUGUGUUUGGUGAUCAGCCCGGUAACGCAGCGGCGAUCGAAGAAAGUGGAUUAGGCGUAAGAAUACUAAUCGAAGAUCUCACUAAAGAAAAUCUUUUGGAAAAAAUUAAGACUGUAUUGGACCCGAAUUUCAGGAAUAAAGUUAAACAGUUAUCUAAAGCGUGGCACGAUCGGCCAAUGUCAGCUAUGGACAGCGCCAUCUAUUGGACAGAGUUCGCGGCGAAAUACCGAAACCUCACGUUCCGUUCACCAUCUGCUGAUGUUCCUUUGUACCAAUAUAUGUAUAUAGAUGUAAUCCUAGUACUUGGGAGUAUCCUUAUUACCAUGUUCUUUGUAGCACGAACUUUAUUAAAAUUAAUUUUAUAUCUAACGAGAUUACUAAGUAAAGACAAUAAAAAUAAAUUAAAAUCCAAUUAAAUGACUACCCACUAAGCAAAUGUUGUAGUAAAAUAUGUAGAAAUGAUA